AUGCUUUUGCAGGAAGGGCAAGAAAUACUGAAGGAGCACCGCGAAUGCUUAACAGAAGAGCGCAUUGGCGAGAUGACACUUAGUGCGGGGACAUACUUGUCCGAGAAAUUUUUGGAGCACCCAGACGACCAAGUUUGUGAUGAGGUUAACGCUAAAUUACAAGAAUAUAUAAACGCUAUGAAAGGGAUCUGUCAGUCGGAAAGCGCGCAAAUGAUCAUGUGCAAAAGUUUGAGAAAUAUGUUCAAGGGUCUGCAUGCGGACAAACUGCAUGCUUGCGAUUUCGACUGCAACAUACCGCAGCCGGAAAAACUGGCUGAACCAGGAUUGGCUUCAGCAGUGGAGCAUCAUGGAGCAGUUGUCGGUGGCGAAGUGGCCGGCGAUGGUACAAUGAUUGCUGAAGCGGUAAACGAACAGAGCGGCGCUGGUGGCGCUGUUGCAGAAAUUAGUUCGUCGAAUUCUUCCUCUGUUCCAUCCAUAUACCUCAUUCACAUCAUCCUGCAAUUGCUCACAUCAGCACUACUGCUGCUUCCAUAA